AUGGCCUCCGUCUUAGAUGAGAAAAGUCUAGACGAGGCAUUUCAAGGCCGGCCGGACCUACAGAGUGCUAUUCGCCUUGCUGCAGUGGGCGAUAAUUACAUAGAAUUAUUCAACCAGAUCUCCCUACAUGUCUGCAGCCUCACCCCGCCAUCGUCAGAACCUGCAUCCAAAAAACGACGUCUAGAUGAAGGAAUUGCCUCCCGACCAGCUGCGAAUGGCACAGCGAAUGGCACAGCUGUGGCAAGCAGCAAAGACCCCGUUCUCCUCGAAAUCAAAGAAAUUUCUGUCGUGAUACCCCAGCGCAAGAAAUAUACUCUCUGCAUGACAUCCUCCCACCUCUACGCCCGACUCCCGGACUCCCAAGAACCCGUCGCUAGCAUAAGCUAUGCGUGGAAAGACAUCGAAUACAUAUUCUGCCUCCCUGUCCCCGAAAAGACUCAAAAACAAUACAACUACGUCAUAUUUCCCCGUAACUCCAACAUCGCACCGUCGAAACCCUCUCCCGAUUCCCCAUCUAUCCCCGAGCCUCUCGUCUUCACAAUCCCCGAUAGCGUCCCUAAACCAGGCACAAUCGGUGGCCUGGAAGCCUCCUCCGCAGCGGCCGUAUCAGACGACUACAAAACGCUCUUUGACUGGGCUCUCUCCUCUCGAUUAAAAGCAGCAGGGAAGGCAAAUCUUAAAAUUGUGCAAGCAGAUCAGAAGCUCUUCGCUUCUGAGCAACGACAACCACAUCGUCCAAACGAGAAAGCCGUUUUCGUGAAAGCUUUCCGGGGGUCUAAGGAUGGAUAUUUAUUCUUCCUGCCAAAUGGCAUAUUAUGGGCGUUUAAAAAGCCGCUGCUGUUUUUACCGCAUGAGAGGAUUUCAGCAGUGAGUUACACGAGUGUCCUGCAAAGGACGUUUAAUCUCAGUAUCGAGGUGGAUAUGAGUUCUAAAUCUGAAGGCGGCGAAGUCGAGGAGAGUGUGGAAGAAUUCGAGUUCAGUAUGCUAGAUCAGGAAGAUUUUGGGGGCAUUGACGGUUUUGUGAAACGUCAUGGGCUGCAGGAUAAGAGUAUGGCGGAGCAGCGAAAGGCCAAGAGGUUGAACGUUAAUGUGGUGAAGGAUGAAGAGGGGAAUGUGGUAGGGAAUGUUGAAGCUGGGGAGUUAGAAAGGGCGGCUGCGGAGGCCGAGCAGACAGCGAUGGAUGAGGAGGAUGAAGAAGAGGAGGAUUAUGAUCCUGGGAGCGAGGGUGAGAGCGAGGGUUCUGGCACGAGCAGCGAGGAGGAAGACGAUGGUGAGGGGGCCGGCGAGGAAGGUGAAGACGACGAGGACGAUGAGGAGGAGGAGCUGUAA